AUGGCCCAUCUCGCAGCACCGUCAUCAGCUAGACCGUUAAGCUCCCGCAGUUUCGUCUUAGUUUCAUCAUCCGAAUCUUCAGAUAACGAAGAUGAUGCCCCGCUCCCUUUUCCCACUGCUCUCCCACGGUCCGACUUCCUCGCUCCGGACUUCGACCCAGCCGAAUACCUCUCCUCCCUCGCAAACCGCCAUCAGACCCUAGAAGACCUGCGAUCCGACCUUAGAGAGCGGAGCGCCGCUAUCAGCACCGAACUGCUGGAACUGGUCAAUGCCAAUUACACCAGUUUCUUGAGCCUGGGCGACGAGCUUAAGGGUGGCGAGGAAAGAGUCGAGGACGUCCGCGUGGCGCUCUUAGGAUUUCGGCGAGCUGUCGAAGAGAUCAAAGGCCGAGUAAGAGAAAGGGGUUCCGAGGUCGCCGGCUUAAACCGGGACCUAUCCGGCGUGAGAAGUGAGGUCGAGACCGGGAGGAAAAUGCUAGAGCUCGACGAAAGGAUAUCCACCCUCGAGGGUCGGCUAGCAGUCGGGGGCGCGGGGCCUGAUAGCGAUGAUAGCGACGACGACGACGACGAAGACGAUGAGGAUGAAUUAGAUGGAGCAGUGGGAAGCAGCACAGCAAAGCUGACGCAGUUAGCGAACGAAUAUACAGUAGUGGACGAGUUAGCCAACGACAUCGGAAGGGAGACACCUUUCGUACGGAAAGCGGAAGAAAGGCUAACAAGAUGUAGAAAUACUAUCCUAUUAGACCUUGGCACGGCAUCAAAGGAAGCUGAGAAGGCGGGCGCCAGAGGACAUGCAAAGCUACUGAAGUUGAUGGGCAUCUAUUCUCUAUUAGAUGCUCAACUAGAAGCUGUAAAAGCAUUGAAGAACGCCUAA